AAAAGAAAAGGAAAAAAAAAAAAAAAAAAAACAGUUAAGUGACCGAAAGGCCAUGAUCACUUGAUCAUAAGGGUUUAAGCCUUGAGUUAAAAACCAAAAGGUUCAUUUUUCACGAUUCAAAUUGCUGGGAACGCCAAGGCUGAGGCACCCGAUCGCAUUUGCGCGCAGCUGGAUGAUUUGCAUUUGAAGAAGUUGAAAGUCACUGAAGGUAAAGUUGGAAGAAGAAGAAGAAGAAGAAGAGAGAAAUGGCAAGCCAGGCAGCUAGGUCUUUUAACGGUAACAUGAAGAAAGCUGUUGCCGGCCUCAGACGUAUUAAUCUUGAUGGUCUGAGAUGGAGAGUAUUCGAUGCGAAAGGCCAGGUUCUUGGAAGGCUAGCGUCUCAAAUAUCUACUGUGAUUCAAGGAAAGGAUAAACCAACAUACACUCCAAAUCGAGAUGAAGGAGAUAUGUGCAUUGUGCUGAACGCGAAGGAUAUUUGCGUCACGGGUAGUAAACUGACUGAUAAAGUUUAUCAUUGGCAUACUGGGUAUGUGGGUCAUCUGAAGGAGAGGACGUUAAAAGAUCAGAUGGUCAAAGAUCCUACGGAAGUCAUUCGCAAAGCUGUGUUACGCAUGCUCCCAAAGAACAAAUUGCGCGAUGAUAGAGAUAGAAAGCUGAGGAUAUUUCCUGGUAGUGAACACCCCUUUGGUGAUCGGCCCCUUGAAACAUAUGUGAUGCCCCCUAGGAGAGUAAGGGAAAUGCGACCCCGUACAAGACGUGCCAUUGUCCGAGCUCAGAAAAAGGCUGAACAGCAACAACAAGAUGCUAAUGAUCCACGAAGGGGCAAAAAGAAGGAUACACGGGAAUUGGUUGCUUCUAAUUACUCGAGCUUAUUUGGGCUUAUGAAAGUUGUUGAGGAAUAGCCACCUAAAAUGGGAUUUGAAUCGGGACUUUUAUGUAGUAGUGCUUUUCCCGUACCAAUGUUUGACAGUUAGAGUUGUCAAAACUCACAAGUUAGUUUUCAGAAGCUGGUAGUUUGUAGUAAGGAAAUGAGGUGCCAUAUCUGUGGCUAGGUCUAUCAGCAAUAAGAUUUUCAAGUACACUUUCUGGCUUUGCGCUUGUGCAUUACUGGUA